AUGGUUUCUACGGGACAACCCUUUAGUGCCGUGUGCCCAUUCGUGUAAGCCAUGCACAACAGAAACGCCUUCCGCAGCCUGCUCACAAAGCACUUUUGUCCGUCUUCCCCCCUCCGCCCACCCCCUUUAGGUUUACCGCGAUAGCCUUCGAUCCGCCGGGCUGCGGUUUCAGCAUUCCCCCCGACCGCGAUUGGAGUGAUCCGCAGAUCCUGCUGCAGGAUGCCAGAGUUAGCGUGAACUUGAUGCGCCAGCUGGGUCAUCUGCCCUUCUCCUGCGUGGGCUGGUCAGAGGGCGCUCAGUCAGCCAUCCGGGCGGCAUCGGAAUUGAAUACUGACGGUUAGUUACAUUUUGAUUGGCCAAUUCUGCUGCUGGCACAUCUGCUUAUUUGUUGUCCUAGAAUGCACUUAUUGUGGACGCUGACAGUGACAGUAUGUCAAAUGGCCCGUUGCCUGGCGUCAUGAUUUCUUGACCUCUACUCCCUACACACUCACACACGCACACAACGCGCGGUGAACGAAACGAAACUAGUUCCGAUUUCCCACAGACUACUAAGAAUACCUGAAAGGACACAUCAGGAAGCAGCCCUUUCAACCUGACGUUCCGUUCUGGGAAGAACCGAGGUGUCCCGCCAAGCUACCUAUUUUUCACUUCAAUUGGUCGCCUAGACAAUUAAUUUCUCCCGACCAUGAAGGCGGGAUGAUGUGAAAUGCUAUGGGUGUGUGUGUGUUGUGUUGCAUGGAGUGGCGGACUGGUGGGCUGGGCUGGGAGACGGGCUGAAACAGCACCUUCUACGGCGCUCUCAAGCAAGUGAGAGCCACGCCGUUCAACCCCCGUUGUGUGAAAUCCUGGUGUAUGUGUUUGUAUGUGGGACCAGGUCGUGCACGUGGCGCACGCAGGCAUGGCCAGUCGACCAUGUCCGCCACCGCGCCCAUUCCCACUCCAGUCAGCUGACCGGCUCGGACAGUGAAAUGCUCUCAUUAUUUUGGGGUGUGUGUGAUCAGCAUGCUACUGCCAAGUCUUUUCCAUUUGCUACCUGCUUAUUGCACGCAUACAUACGAAGGAAACCUAAUUUAUGCAUUCAGACUCGAUUGAGGGCCUGGUGGUGUGGGACCUGGAGGGAUAUAUUGGCGCAGAGGACGGAUCGGGGAAUGGUGGUCAUAUCAUGGGAGGCAACCCCGGUUCGCUGGACUCCUUGCCAGACACCCGUCGUCUUCCGCUGCAGGCUGUCUAUGGUAGAGCGUACAUGCGGGAUAGUUGGCCUGCCUACGUUGAGAGAAAGAAGCUCCGACGUAUGGGUCCUGCCGAUCUCCGCUGCCUGCCACAGCAUCUCCUCCGGAUGCCCCUAAUGCACAUUGCAUCCCGGCACUCCGAGGCACGGCGACACCAUGAUGCCAACAGUCAAUCAACUGGAUCGGCUCUCCUCGCCUGUUCGUGCUGCUGUUAA